UUGAGUUCUUGCUUCAACCUUAUCUUUCGGGAGAAGCCCUUUCAAGUCUUGUUCAUUUAGUUCCUAACGCCUUCUUGAUUCUGUCACCUUUCGUCAAUACAAUCAGUUUUGGAUAUAAUAUUUGCAACUUAUUCAACGUUCAACGAACCUUGAUCACUGCAAUUCCUUCUUUUCCUUUAGCGUGUAUAUUUUCAGUAUGUCUAAUCAGCGACAAGACUGGCACCAUAGUGGUGCUUCUUGUUGUACACCAUUCGGUACAUGUCUACUGUCUUGGUGCUGUCCAUGCAUCACGUACGGCCGUACCCAUCAUCGCGUGAGGUUUGAUGGAAGCAUGCAGGGCUAUUCUUGCUGUAACGGCCAUUGUAUGGCCUUCACAGGGCUAGCCUGUCUUGGCCUGUCCUUCAUUCUGCCUAUGAUCCAACGAGGAGAUAUCCGCGCUAAAUACCAUCUUUCUGGAAAUGGAUGCAAGGACUGCCUCUGCGCCUGCUGCUGCCAGCCUUGCGAUCUUACACAGCAGGACAAGGAAGUUGCUUGGCGUGAAGACCACAAGACUGGAAUUGCCCAGCAGCCCCAGCAGCACGCCCCGAUGCAAUACCAGAAACAACCACAGGACACGUAUGGACAACAUCCGCAGCAGUUUCAACAGCAUCCACAACAGUACCACCCACAGGGCCAUUGAUUGAGACUAGAUAAGAUGGAAGGGGCUAAAAAAAAAGGGUGAGAAACAGGAGGUAUUUCCGGUAUGGUUGAAACAAUUUACAGAGGAUUGCAAAUUGCUAUUGUAGAAGGUACUGGUGAAUUCGGUCUUGGAGUGAUACCAUUUUAUUUUCAG